AUAGGAAUAAUAGUUAAUAUGUACCACUAACCACAGGUUAUUCAUUGUUAGCAAGAUAAAUCAUCACAGAAAUUGAUAUUAUAUUAAAAACCAUAAAUUAAUGUGAUACUCAAUAUAUUUUGUUUAGAAUGGAAAAGCAAAAGACAAAUGUUAUAAACCUCUUCAAUAACGCCAAAGGAGAAAAGACUUAUUUAAAAAUAAGUGCACCUAUGGUUAGAUACAGCAGGGUGCAGUUUCGAAACUUGGUUAAAAAGUACAAUGUGGAUUUAGCUUUUACCCCAAUGAUUUUAGCAAAUGCCUUUUGUCAAAACUCCAAAGCUCGUUCAAAUGAGUUUUUGACUACAACACAAGAUACACCUUUAAUUGUUCAGUUUGCUGCUAACAAUGAAAAUGACUUUUUAGAUGCCUCUAAGUUAGUCUAUCCCUAUGCUGAUGGAGUUGAUUUAAAUUGUGGUUGUCCACAAAGGUGGGCCAUGAAAGAUGGUUAUGGAUGUGCAUUACUGUCUAAACCCGAAAUAAUUCACGACUUAGUAAGAGCGGUUAAAAGUAACAUACCGAAUGAUUUUACAGUUUCGGUUAAAGUAAGACUUUUAAGAGACAUUAGGACUACAAUUGUCAUGUGCCAGCAGCUUGAGAAGUGUGGAGUUGAUUUUCUUACUCUUCAUGGUCGAACUCCUGAUCAAAAAAGCAGUGAAGCAAUCAAUGAAGAAGCUAUGUCAGAUGUGUUUAGUGCUUUGAAAAUACCUUGUAUUGCUAAUGGGGGUAUAAGAACUUUGCAGGAUGCAAAUGAAUUGUAUACAAAGUUAAAUUGUGAUGGUGUUAUGGCAGCAAGUGGGUUACUAUCCAACCCAGCUUUGUUUAGUGGAGCCACUACUACUCCAGUAGAAUGUAUAAAAGCAUGGAUGGAGUUAAAGAAUUUAAGUAAGGAUAAAAUAACAUUUCAAUGUUAUCACCACCAUUUAGUUUUUAUGCUUGAAAAAACCCUAAGUAAAAAACAAAAACAAAUUUUUAAUUAUCUGCAAACAUUUGAAGAUGUUGACAAUUUUUUAUUUAAACAUAUAAUUUCAGACAGUAAUGCUAAUCAAGAGGAUUUUGGUGAUUUUAUAACAUGUUAUUAUGAUGAAAAAAUUACCUUUAAACAUAAUAAAAAAUGUAGAGGUUGUGGAUUUAGUGUGCAUUAUUGUGUUUGUAUAAAGUAUGAUCAACAGGCAAGUGACGGUAGUUUUUUUACUACUUAUGUAAAGACUAAUGAUGAUUUAGACUAUAUGGAUAGUAAUAUAUUUGAAGAAAAAGUUUUAUAGCACAA